AUGAAGUCACAAACAGUUCUCUGUCUCUCUAUCCUCUCCCUGGUCCUUCAAGGGUCAUACAGCGAUAGGAGAUAUUGCGGACGGUACUUGGCUAACACUGUUGCUUUUGAAUGUCAAAAUGCUAUGACAAAGAGGACGGCGAUGACUGAAUAUGACAUCUGGAUACCCCAACGUACGGCGAGAUCGGCGAGGAGCAAACGGGAGAUCGUCGAAGAGUGCUGCUAUAAGGCUUGCUCGACGGACGAACUGCUGGCGUACUGCUAA